AUGACGCUCGAACCGCUUCCGCUCGACCACUUGUCGUUCGUUGCGCAGCCCACGAAACGCAAGAGCAUUGUCAAGAUCAACCCCAUGCCACCGCAAAUCAAGGUCGAGAUGCCGCCAAUGCCGCCCAUGACGGCGCGCACGAUGCUGCAGAGCAACCCCAUGAGUAGCAGCACCAACCUCAAUCUGAACCUCAACACCAACAUGAACCUCAACACCAACAUGAACCUCAACACCAACAUGAAUCUCAACACCAACAUGAGCCUCAACGCCAACAUGAACGUUAACACCACCAUGAAUCUCAACACGGUCCAAGCCAACAACGCCAAUGCACUCUCACCCAAGAAGUGCAAGCAGUGCAUUACGCCUGGCUGCACGCGCCGGGCGCAGUCCAACAACCGAUGCAAGUCGCACGGCGGCGGCGCCCGCUGCACCGUGCCCAACUGCGGCAAGAGCUCCCAAGGCGGUGGUCUCUGUCGCGCGCACGGUGGCGGCAAGAAGUGCAAGGCGCCGGGAUGCACCAAAGGCACGCAGCGCCUCGGUCUCUGCUACCUCCACGGCGGCAUUCGCCGCUGCACAAGUCCCGGCUGCGAAAAGAAGGACCGCGGCAACGGCUUUUGCAUCGCACAUGGCGGUGGGCGCAAGUGCUCGACGCCCCGCUGCACGCGCCCAGCGCGCCGCGGCGACUCAUGCCAAGUGCACGAAGAGCAAAAGAGCGGCAACGUGCUGCUGACGCUGCAGAGCAACGCAAUGAACCCGGACGCAAUCGCCUUCAUGGGCCGCGCGAUUCUCCAAGCGCCGAGCCCGCACUGA